GUCCGCCGAGCCAUGUCGUUGAGCCCCAAGCACACGACGCCCUUCUCCGUGUCCGACAUCCUGAGCCCCAUCGAGGAGACCUACAAGAAGUUCGGCGGCGUCAUGGACGGUGCGCCGCCCGGCCUGGGGGCGCCCCUGGGGGCCGCUGCCUACCGCGCGCCACCGAGCGGCCCCUCCUCGCAGGCGGCGGCCGUGGCGGCGGGCAUGCAGCCGCCCCACGCCAUGGCCGGACACAACGCGGCGGCGGCAGCAGCGGCGGCAGCGGCGGCGGCCGCGGCGGCCGCCACCUACCACAUGCCUCCCGGCGUCUCGCAGUUCCCGCACAGCGCCAUGGGCAGCUACUGCAACGGCGGCCUGGGCAACAUGGGUGAGCUGCCCGCCUACACGGACGGCAUGCGGGGCGGCGCGGCGGCCGCAGCCACCGGCUGGUACGGCGCCAACACGGACCCGCGCUACUCGUCAAUCUCCAGGUUCAUGGGGCCGUCGGCGGGCGUGAACGUGGCCGGCAUGGGUUCGCUGACCGGCAUCGCGGACGCCGCCAAGUCGCUGGCGCCGCUACACGCGGCCGCGCCGCGAAGGAAGCGCCGAGUGCUCUUCUCGCAAGCGCAGGUCUACGAGCUGGAGCGGCGCUUCAAGCAGCAGAAGUACCUGUCGGCGCCCGAGCGCGAGCACCUGGCCAGCAUGAUCCACCUGACGCCCACGCAGGUCAAGAUCUGGUUCCAGAACCAUCGCUACAAGAUGAAGAGGCAGGCCAAGGACAAGGCGGCGCAGCAGCUGCAACAGGAGGGCGGCCUGGGCCCCCCGCCGCCUCCGCCGCCGCCGUCGCCGCGCCGCGUGGCGGUACCGGUGCUGGUGAAGGACGGCAAGCCGUGCCAGAACGGCGCGGGCACCCCGACGCCUGGCCAGCAGCCGCAAGCCCCGACGCCCGCGCCAGAGCUCGAGGAGCUGUCGCCCAGCCCGCCCGCUCUGCAUGGUCCCGGGGGCGGCUUAGCGGCCCUGGACGCGGCCACCGGGGACUACGGCGGAGGCGUGCUCGGCGCCAACCUGCUCUAUGGCAGAACGUGGUGAUGAGCCCCGAGGGUCUGCCUGCGACUCGCAGGAUCCGCCAAGAAACUGCAAGAACGGAUGGGGGAAAUGUACAGAAGCUGACCCUUUAGUGCAUGGAGAUAAGAACGAAUGAGUCACGGAGAGGGUCAGGCUGCUCUGAACCUCUUUACUGGGGGUGGGAGAAGGCAACAGCCCCGGACCGAAUAAUGUGACACCACACUCUGAAGUGGUGAUUUCCCUUCUUUCAGAAGUUCCUAAGUUAUGCGGAAGAACUGACUGACGGAAUACGCAUUCACCACGUUCCUAACCAAAGCUCUCAGAGUUUUAGAAGUCGGAAACUUUGUUGGUGUUUGUAUCUCUAUAAAUCAACCAGCUUUUCACGAUGAAUCCUUGAAGUGGAAUUUAUUUUGGGAGAUUAAUUUGCAAAGCCCCUCCCCUAAGUGCAAUUUCGUUAAUGCUUGAUUGAAAGUAAAUUGAAUUGUAGCCCAAAGUGGAUCAUAUACACAGCAACGUGAUUGCUGAGGAGUAACUGCCAUUUGGGUAAAAUAGAGAAAUGGAAU